GUUAGCGCACCCCUUCCAUUAAAAUGCUGUGUGGUGCAGGUGGGCUCACGAUUUUGAAGACUGGCAUUGGCUGAUUUCCCAUCCUUCCCCUUCCAACGCAGGAGAAGCUUGGAAGCCACAGCAACUCCUCGGCCGUCUCCUUGUUUUCCUGCAGCCGCGUACGCUACAUCAUCGCCGUCAAUGCGGACGCAUCGCUCGUUUUUCUGUCCUGGUCCCUGAAUCUUUCCAGGCAGCCUGCGUCGGCCUUUCGCUUCCCUCAGCGGGUGUUGCGCGACUCUCCCUUCUGGGACGCCUCCCCUCCCCUCCCUUCGUGCGACUGCCGGGAACGCGGUAUCGCCAAUACCUCGUUUGCUCCUCCGCGGCCUCCCCGUGCUCUUCUCCGCACCGCCAUCCACUGCCCAACAUGUCCUCAAUAGGAUCCGUGUUUCGCUCUUUCUGGCAUACCAUGACCAGCUAUGAUCGACAUUCCAGCUACGACUCCCCAUACAGAACAGGACGCCACGUCCCAUUGAACGCGAGGGAUGGUCUGACUUCGAUCGCGACCGCGAGCGAAUCGCGCGCCGAUAUCACAUCGCCUUACCGCGACGAAUCGGGUCGCCAUUCCACAUCUCCAUUCGAUGCCGCCCACGGAGGCCCAGUGACCUCGGCCGCGCCCGGCGCGCCUUACUCUCCUGGCAUGAGAUCUCAGAAUGCGCAGCAGCAGGGCGCAAACGAUGGCUUUGAAGUUCAGAGCCCGACCGGCGAGAUUCCGAUGCAAUCUUUCCGGGAUGGCAUGCCGCCGCCGCCGCCGGUCGCUAGUUCGUGGAGCAGGAUUGACAAGUGGGCCGAGGAGAACUAUCCAGAACUGUAUGACCAGCUCUGUGAAGGAUGCACGAUUAACGACCUCAACGAUCUCGAACACCAGCUCGACUGCUCCCUUCCCCAAGAUGUCCGGGAUUCGCUGCAGAUCCACGACGGCCAGGAGCGCGGCGGAAAUCCUACGGGCAUCAUCUUUGGCGCCAUGCUUCUCGACUGCGAGGAGAUCGUGCAGGAGUGGGAUAACUGGCGCAGGGUCAACCAGGAAUUUCUGCUGGAGCCGACGUUCCCCCGGCCUGUGGUUGCCUCCAAGGCCCACGGCGGAAACGUCGAGGCAUCUUCAUCGGCAGCAGCAACCUCGUCCAGCUCGGCCCCGACGUCGCCUCGCAACACGAACUGGAGACAGGAGCUGCUGGCGCGACAAGACUGCGUCCCGCCGAAUUCCAUUAAAAAGGCUUACGCGCACCCCGCCUGGAUCCCCCUUGCGCGCGAUUGGGGUGGCAACAACCUAGCCAUCGACCUUGCGCCGGGCCCCAGGGGCCAGUGGGGCCAGGUGAUCCUCUUUGGUCGGGAUUACGACACCAAGUACGUGGUGGCGCGGUCGUGGGCGGCCUUUCUGGCCAUCGUUGCGGACGACUUGGGCAGCGGGAGGUGGUUUGUCGACGAGGACUCAGGGGAGCUCAAGCUGCGCGAGUUCAAGCAGACGCGUGUCGAGCCGGCGUACUUCGACAUCCUGAGGUGGCGGAUGGACCAGAAGUACGGGCGCACGGCCAGCAAGCGCAAGUCGAUGGCGCCAGGGCCGGGUUCGCGUAGCGCGCCGAACUCGCCCUAUGCCAAUCCGUCGGACCCCAACGGCGAGCCCCGCGGCCGGUCGAUGCAGCGGCUCAACGCCAUCUCGCCCAUUCCGAGCCCGAUCCGGCCCGGCUACGGGAAGCCAAGCCCGCUCGCACGGGUGGCGGAGGAAGCGACCACCGCCGGUCCGGCCGCCGGAAAGGCUGGCGACAAGCUGGUCGAGCUCGACACGCCGCGGCAAAGCAACGAAGAGAACAAGGAGGCCGCUCCCAGGUUAGCGGCCUUGGGCAAAGGCGACGCCGCUGCCGACGGUGCCAAGGCUGAGGCGCAAGCGAGUGGCUCGGCGGCCGCGAGCGAGAAGCAGCAGCCCACGACCGACGCCAAACUCGAGGAGGCAAUGAAGACGAUUGAGAUUUGAGCGGCAGCAAAGAGGGUGGGGGAAUCCCAGCCGCUACGACCAGUGAUGAGCCGCGGCCCACAUGCUUGUGCGCCUGCACACACGGGAUUUUUCAUACAUAGAUACAUCGACACGGAAAGCAGGGAAUAAGUCGGGGCGUUUUGGGGUGAGGCGUCUUGACUUUAGACAUCGAUAAAGCGAUCCGGCUGGGGGCCUUGUUGUUCUUUUUUGUUUGUUCGUGGCGUCAUCUCGAGCCCCACGCUGCUUUGUGUUCGUAGAGGUUCACCUUUCUUUCGGGCGCC